AAGUUUGUUUUCUCCCCCGCCCCCGAAUACAGUCCUUUCUGGGGUGCAAACAGUAUGAGGGAAUAAGCAUUUCAAAGCGGUCUUCAUGAGGAGGGCCUUAUGCCGACGACCCCAGGGCUAGACUUCCGAGCUUGAACUUGACUUGCGGGGCUCGGGAAAGUUGAGUAGAUGGGGCAGGCGCGCGGAUUCCCAGGGAAGCUGCCCCCUAACCGCGGGGCCAGGGCAGAGCAGACUGCACUGAGUACAUAAAUAAAGCCUGUUUACGCCAGCUGCUUUGGAAUUAGGGAUUUCCUUCUCAUAAAUAUUAUUCUUAGAUCCACACACGAGCAUGUGCAUGUUUGUCAAAAGGGACAAAAUCACUUUGCCUCUUUUUGUUUUCCCUUUUAUCCUUUGACAAGUCAUCGGUCCCAUGGAUAUUAGCCUAAUUCAUUUUCUUUUUCUGCAGCUAUGGAGAGGGAUAUAGAAGCGUCUGUCUUAGCUGGUUUCAGCAAAAACGUGGGGUCUAAGGUUGAGUGAUGCUAUUAGCCAUUGAGAAUACUCACUUCUCCCCACCCUCUCAGCCAGUGCAUUUAGAAUUUCUCUAUAAACUUUUAUGUAUGUGAAGGCUAUAUAAAAGUAUUUUCAAAUGUGGUAAAGUAUACUUAAGUUCUUAUUUGCUUAGAACGAUUCUCAAGCCAAACAUUGUAAGUAGCAAGUCAUGGUAUUGGGAACAACAUUUCAGAGAAAAUAAGCAAGUAAGGUUGGAAAAAAAAAUACAGAAGCAUGUUAUGAUUUUGAUAUGACAAUCAUUGAUAGGCUGGUUUGUUAAGUCCAUUUCCAUUCAGUUCUAAACAUAGAUUAUCACACAAUUCUGUUUUUAUCGGUCAUUUUCAUAAGAAGGAAAAUGUGUUAUAAUCACAAAAUCAUUUACGAUUAGGGGCUUUAACUUCUAUAGUGGUAGAAGUGAGCAAUUUGGGAGUUGCCAGUUCAACUUUGGGGAGCUAGCUUCUACUCCUUAGUUUGGUUACUGAGUAUCAGUGACUUAAAGAAAGCAUUUUAAUUGCCCAAAGUGCCCACACUUGUCCAAGGGAUAUGGUGAUGCCUUCUGCAAGGGCCUCACCUGCUGUCUUUGGCUGGGUUUCCCAGUCCAUGUUCAAGGAAAAGAUUAGGUCAAAUCUGUGGGCAAUUCAACUAAAACAGAAUUUUUUGGUUUUUUUUUUUUCUUUUUCUUUUUCUGCUGGGGAAAGGAGGGUGCCCUAAUCAUCUCCAUAAUUACACUUCAAAUCCUUCAAAUCUCUGCUUCCCUUUGAGGAAGUACAAUAUUUCCUUUGUUCAAGCAACUCAUACUGACAGAAAGCUAAUAGAGACACACCAGUUUCCUUUCCAUUGAAUUUUGGCUUAUUUCACACCAGUCCUUUUAAUUCCAUUAAUUUCUGCUCUUAUCUGAAGGGAUAUAACAUGUAUUUGGAAUAUAAUAUACUUGCCUAUCAAAAUAUAUUAACUAAGAGCAAUGGGGCACUGUAGACAUUAAGAAAAUAUGGAUUUGGUUAUGUUUAAAAAGCACAUAGUUUAUUAGAAUCUAGUAUGGAAAAAAUGUUCUUAAAUGCCAUGCAUCUUAUUCUAUGGUCUAAUAGUCUGUUUAUAUUAAAGUAAGUGCUGCUUUUCACAAAUCACUCUGAACCACAGGCCAACAAGGUCUUCCCUGCCCUCCUAGGUGGUCUGGGAAGACUGCUGUGUGAAUCAUCUGUAUCCGGAUGCAUACCAGCAGCUAUGUUUGCAAGACUGACAGAGAAUGAUAAUUGUAAUUUACCUGUUUUCUCCUUAGACUACCCUAAACAAGGGAAGUCAGGGCCACAUGGAGUUCACAUUCAAUUGUAAUACUGUGGGUAUCUUUUUUAAAGCUUUGCUGUACCUCCUAGGAAUCAAGAAAUGAAGUAACCCACAUGAUACAUCAGUUGUGCAAGAAAGUGUUAAUAGCCCUCUUGUGGAAGCCAGGCAGGGAUGGUUUGAGUGUACACAGCUCAAUGCUAAAUGAAAGUCUGGCAAAAAUUUAGUAAAUUGAUCAGUGUGAAAUGUCAAGCAGAUAAAUAAUGUGAAAAUGUAUUAUCCAAAUUGGCUAUUAGCUUCGAUAAAAUUAAGCAAGUAACAAUAAACUCUCCACUUAAGGAUAUGUUAUAAAGAGACGAGACUGGUGUUUUCGCAAAGAUCAUCUUGGUGUUGAGCACACCUGGAUGUUCUUGACAGGACAUGAGGAGACUAAAGACUUGGGAUUUUGCUGAUCAGAAUGAAACCAAUGUUGAAAGACUUCUCAAAUCUAUUGUUGAUGGUGCUCUGUGACUAUGUUCUUGGAGAAGCUGAAUAUCUCUUCUUGGGAGAGCCAGGCCAUGUAGCGCUAAGCAACAAGACGGUGUCUGUGGCUUUCCAGUAUGCUGAUGGGGCUAAUGGGACGCUGAGGAAUGUGUCUGUCCUGCUGUUGGAGGCCAACACCAAUCAGACUGUUAGCACGAAGUACCUCCUGACCAACCAGUCCCGGGGAACGCUCGAGUUCGAGUGCUUCUAUUUCAAGGAGGCUGGCGAUUACAGGUUCACAAUGACUCUGGAAGCGACACACAAUGGCACUCCAGUCUCCCAGUGGGAGAAAAGUGCCUUUCUGAAGGUGGAAUGGCCUGUCUUUCACGUCGACUUGAAUAGGACCUCCAAGGCAGCAGAAGGCACCUUCCAGGUGGGCCUUUUCACCAGUCAACCGCUAUGCCCAUUUCCUGGGGACAAGCCCGACAUCAUGGUGGACGUCACCUUCACCAACAGUCUUCCCCAGGCAAGAACAAGUCCGGGAAAGCCGCUGGAGAUAAGGGCCAGCAAAAGGACAGAGCUUGCUCAAGGUCAGUGGGUUGAGUUUGGCUGUGCACCUGUGGGGCCAGAAGCCUAUGUCACCGUGGUGCUGAGGCUGCUUGGGCGAGACUCGGUCAUCACCUCCACGGGGCCCAUUGACUUGGCCCAGAAGUUCGGAUACAAACUGGUGAUGGUGCCAGAGCUCACGUGCGAGUCCGGCGUGGAGGUGACGGUGCUGCCCCCGCCUUGUAUCUUCGUCCAGGGAGCGAUCGCUGUCUUCAAGGACGCCCCCGGACACCCUGCGGGGAGGAGUGUUCAGCUGGCCGAGAACAACCUGCCCCUGGGAGAGAGGAGAACAGUAUUUAACUGUACCUUGUUUGACGUGGGGAAGAAUAAAUACUGCUUUGACUUUGGCAUUUCAAGCAGAAGCCAUUUUUCUGCAAAGGAGAAGGAGUGCAUGCUAAUCCAGAGAAAUAUAGAAACUUGGGGAAUGUGGCAGCCGUGGAGCCAGUGUAGCACCACAUGUGGGGAUGGUGUCAGAGAGCGUCGCCGCGUGUGUCUCACUUCCUUCCCCUCCAGACCUGGCUGCCCUGGAAUGUCCUCGGAGACCUCCCUGUGUUCCCUGGAGGAGUGUGCUGCUUUCUGGCCCUCCAGCCCGUCUCCUCUUCAGCCCCAGGUCCCAGUGAAGUCCAACAACAUCGUGACGGUCACUGGCAUCUCCUUGUGCUUGUUCAUCAUCCUGGCCACGGUGCUCAUCACGCUGUGGAGGCGGUUCGGCCGCGCCCCCAAGUGCAGCGCCCCGCCGCGCCGCGGCUCGGCGCACUCGCCCGGCUUCCGGAAGCACUCGGACGAGGAGAACAUCUGCGAGCCGAGCGAGCCGCGCGGGAGCUUCUCGGACGCGGGCGACGGGCCGGCGGGGAGCCCGGGGGACGCGGGCAUCCCCCUGACCUACAGGCGGAGCGUGCCUGCCACCCCCGAGGACGACGCCUCCGGCAGCGAGAGCUUCCAGUCCAACGCCCAGAAGAUAAUCCCCCCUCUGUUUAGCUACCGCCUGGCCCAGCAGCAGCUGAAGGAGAUGAAGAAGAAAGGCCUGACGGAAACCACCAAAGUGUACCACGUGUCCCAGAGCCCCCUGACGGACACGGCCAUCGACGCUGCCGCCAGCCCCGCCUUGGACCUGGAAAGCUCGGAGGAAGCUGCCGCGAACAAGUUCCGCAUCAAAUCCCCGUUUCUGGAGCAGCCUGUGGUGGGGGCCGGGGAGAGGCCUCCCUCCAGGCUGGAUUUCAGCGCGCCUCAGGCCAGCUGCGCCGUCAGCCCCAGCCAGACGCUGAUCCGCAAGUCGCAGACGAGGCAUGCGGGCAGCAGAGGGGGCCCGUCGGACAGGACCCACCCCAGGAACCCCCACUUCCGGAGGACGGCGAGUUUCCACGAAACCAAGCAAGCGCGGCCGUUCAGGGAGAGGAGCAUGUCCACCCUGACGCCGCGCCAGGCCCCCGCCUGCAGCUCCAGGACGCGCACCUGGGACCAGGCGGAGGACAGAUGUAGGCCUCAGAGUCGCAGUGCCCACGUGUUUCCCGAGAAACGGGAGCAUUCCCAAGGGGCAGGGGGAGCCAGUGGCCCACUGAGCCCUGUCCCUCGAUCCUACACGGUGGGGCAGCCCUCAAGGAAACCGGACCUGGGGGAUCGCCAGGCAGGGUUAGUGGCAGGAGUUGAGAGAACAGAGCCUCAUAGAGCCCGCAGGGGACCGUCCCCCAGUCACAGAAGUGUCUCAAGAAAGCAGUCUUCCCCCACAUCCCCUAAAGAAAGCUACCAGAGGGUCAGUCCUCUGAGCCCUUCUCAAUGUAGGAAGGACAAGUGUCAGAGCUUCCCCGCCCACCCCGAGUUCGCCUUCUAUGACAACUCCUCGUUCGGCCUCACUGAGGCGGAGCAGAGGAUGCUGGACCUCCCGGGAUAUUUCGGGUCAAAUGAAGAGGAUGAAACCACAAGUACCCUUAGUGUGGAGAAGCUGGUAAUCUAGACCAAGAAUCAGCCCAAGACUUUAUACACAGCUGAGCUGAGCUGCUCACAUUGUUCUGUGGACUGUUUUGUAUGACUAUUUGUGCUGUAGGACAGAAUGUGAGCAGGAAAUAACCCACACCAGAGUAGGAUGUGUGUGUACGCAUGUGUUCUAAUUCAUAAGGAAGAAGUUAUUUAUCCUGAACUUCUCCCUUUGUUACCCUAUUUCUAUUGGUUUAUUAUUAAUAACAAUGAUAAUAAAAUUUAAA